CAAAUAAACCCAUCCGCAGCAUCCCAUCCAGAAGCGUGCCGCUUCCGCCCAAUUUAAAACCCCUCUGGCUCCAACCGCUCGUCGUUUACCUGCUUUUGUUGAGCCAGUCAGCAUUCCGUGCCCGCGCCAGCCUUCCUAGACCCUCCACCAAACCAAGCCCCAAGAACUCAACAACAGCACAGAGAAAGAAUCAACCGGCCGCGCACCCCCAAGAGCAUCAUGCCCAUGUCCGUGUACUCCUCUCCAUCGACGCAGCUCCGAUCAGGACAGUGAGUAACAGCAGCAAGAACGAGCAGUAUGGCGCUGUUGCUCAGGCUGCUGCUCGCCGUCGGGCUCCCGGUCGCGGCGCUGGUCGUGGUCGCCUUCUUGGUGUACCGACGGCGAAGCUUACCGCGCAACUCUCCGCCGGAGCUGCCGGAAGUUGCUCCUGUGGCUGGUGUGGAGCCGACGGCGAGCCCCGGGCUGGCAAAGCUCAACAUGAGGUACAGCGCCGCCAGCGGCCGCGCGGGGCUCCGGUUCCAGCAGUUGCAACACCACCACCACCAUGGACACGUCCGCGUUGACGUGAGGCAUCGGGGGCCGGGCGGCGGUGUGCAGCAGGGCCCGUUCCAGUGGGCGGAUCACCCGCGGCUGGUAACCGAGGCGGCGGAGAACGGGUGGGCGCAGUUCGUGUUCGCGGUCGCGCCGCCGCGGUCGAGGUCCGCGUCGUCGUCGCCGUUGUGGGGGACCUGCCCGGUCUGCGACGCCGGGACUAGCGGCGACAAGCCGGAGGCCGCGUGGGAGGUGCCGGCAGGAUCGUCGGAACGGAUGCAGGCGGUGCGGCUCAACCCCGCGACCGCGUCCGCCGCUGCGUCCAGCAAGAAGUGGCUACCGGGGAGCAUCCCGAGCCCCCUCCGUGGCGAUCCGGACGCGGGGAAUCCCAACGCCCCGUGCCUCGCCAGGAUGAGCUUGCCGCUGCCCGGACCACCGCUCGCCGGUACGCCGUUCCCGCAGGACGCCUACUUCGAGAUCACCAUCAUCUACUUGAACACGAAACGGCCGGAGUGGUCAGCGUCGAGGGCGAACAGGCGUGGGAAGGACGGCUCCAGCGAGAGCGACCGCGUCAAGCUCGUCAGUUUUGCACCGGACGCCAAGGACCCAGUCCAAGAAAACAGAGCCGCCAAAGACGAUCAACAAGACAAACAGAGGCACUUGGUCAUGUCGCUGGGCCUCGCCGCAGCGUCUGCCUCUCCGUCACGGCCGUUGCUGGCCGGAACGUACGCGUCGUCCAUCGGCUUCCACUCCAACAGCGCUGUCUACCUCGACGGGAUGAAGCUGGCGUACGAAUCGGACAAGUCAUCGUGGGCGGGCGUGGACAAGGUGGUGGGGUGCGGCUUCGAGCCGGCGAAGCGGAAGGUGUUCUUCACGGUGAACGGGCAGCUGGUCCACUCCGUGAGCUGCAACGCGGAGGCGUUCUCGAGCCCGCUGUACCCGGUGCUGGCCUCCAGCUUCGACGUGAUGGCGCUGGUCAACCUCGGGCAAGGCAAGUUCCGGUACGCGCCCGCCAACGCGCGGCGCACGGCUAACCCGUGCUUCGUCCGCGCCGCGUCGGCUGGCGACGGCCGCAGCGUCAACGGUUCGAUGGACCUCGACUUCGACGACAGCGGCGAGCUCUUCUCCAUGGGCCGCGUGGACUCCGGUUGGCUGGAGGCGUCACGGAUGAGCAAGGGCAGGAAGGAGAGCGGCGCCGGCACGACGCCAGCCGGCGACCUGGAUGCCGAGUCCGACCUCUUCGAGAUCUCGCUGCGAGACUGAGACGGCCGGAGACGGACAGGUGGCCCAUUUGACAAACAAGAAUUAGUUGUAGUAAUGGCGAUACUGACACAUGCCUAGGAGUUAGGACGCUGCAGGUUAAUCUGGCCGUUGCUGUUGUUGUUGUAUCAUCUACUUGUUGUUAUCUAGAUGUGAAAAAGUGUUACAGCUAGGUUAAAAGGAUUAAAAGCUUGUCUUAUGUAAUGAGCUUUUGAUUCGAUCUUUCCCUUUUUUUAAUCUAUUUUGUCCUUUCGCUAUUCUUGUUAUAGGAUGUAAAGAUACUAGAGAAAGAUUCUGUGACUAGAAUUUCGAAUGAAGAGGAGGAAAGGUGAGGAUAAAACUCCUCCGCUCAGAAAGAUGAAUCUCUGUAUGAUUCACAUUUGCACUGCUAAUAAUGGUCUCUUUUUACCAGAUA